CAUCAAGAAGAGAACAUGGAAAGCCAUCAUAUCUACCGUCACAAGAAGUUCGAUGUGGGCCGCAAGUUGGACAGCGCCGAGUUGCUUCUCAAAGAGGAGCUCAUCUCCCGGAGCGGCACACCCUACAGCCGCGAGGAGGAGCAGGAGGAGGAGCUGGCUUCCAUUAGCCUUUGUUCCAGUGACCAGGACAGCGAGUUCCUGCCCCUGCCCAAACGCCGACGCCUGGGAUCCUCAUCCUCCAGCGUUUCCUCGACUUCUUUUCAGUCUGCGACCUGCCACAUCAACGCCGAUGCUAUCCAGGACAUCCUCAAGUACCACGUCAACAUGGUGCGCACGUUUCCCAAGAAGGAGCGCUCCCCCAAGGAGCAGGAUCGCCGGAACAAGAACACCAUCGCCUGCCGGAUGAGCCGGCGCAAGAAAAAGUUCGACGACCUGCAGAUCGAACAGCAAUACAAGGACUUUACAUCCGAGCACCUUAAAAUCGCCGAGCAAAGUGUCCGGGCGAAGGUGUAUCUCAAUUACCUGAAUCACCUGGUCAAGCAGGAGGACAUUCCAGCACCCACCCUACCUCCCUCCACGGCCCCAAGGGCCGUCAAGGAGCCGAACUGCAAGAGAAACUUUAGCAUCGACUACUUGAUCGGGGGAGUUAAGCAGGAAAAAGUCUAAAACUAUUUUUAAUUAAAUUGUUCACUGUGUGAUCA